AAACCAAUACCCCGCACAGAAAAAGGUUAACAUGAAAAUUUCAAUUUAUAUCGUUCUUACCAUUCUCUUCAUUUCGAUGGUAUGUUAUAAAAUACCAUACACUGAGGCAAGGCAGUUGCGAGAAACCGACAGUGCAGAUCGUGAUCAUCAUUUCACAGCCGGUAGCACUGAUGAUUUUGGGCCUACUUAUCCGGGUAAUAGUCCGGGUAUUGGUCAUAAAUUGAAGGAGAAUAAUGAAAUAGUCGACGCGUUUAAAGAUGACUUCAAGCCUAUGACACCAGGACAUAGUCUCGGCUCUGGAUAUGUUGUCAACAAUGGGCCUAAGGCGUAGAAAAUGUUCUAAUAGUUGAGCAAACUUCUUCGUUGAUUUUACUAA